UGGUGUUUUUCUGUUUGUUUUGGGUAAACGAAAAGCGACGGAGCGGACCACUAAUCUCACCGAUUAAAAGUCAAAAUGGGGGCUUGUCUGGCCUUGUGCUCCUUAGCCAGUUGUGCCUCGUGUCUGUGUGGCUCAGCACCAUGCCUCCUGUGCGGCUGCUGUCCAUCCUCCAAUAAUUCCACCAUCACACGACUGGUUUUCUCUUUCUUCUUGUUGCUGGGAACCAUGGUGUCUGUCAUUAUGAUCCUUCCAGGAAUGGAAACUCAGUUACGCAAAAUCCCGGGAUUUUGUCAAGGAGGAGUUACUAUACCAGGCGUUGAAAACCAAGUCAACUGUGAUGUCAUUGUGGGAUACAAGUCUGUGUACCGCAUGUGUUUUGCCAUGACCUGCUUCUUCUUUCUAUUCUCUGUCAUCAUGAUUCGUGUUCGUAGCAGCCGAGAUCCACGUGCAGCUAUCCAGAAUGGGUUCUGGUUCUUUAAGUUUCUGAUCCUAGUUGGGAUUACAGUGGGGGCCUUUUUCAUCCCUGAUGGAACAUUUCACACUGUGUGGUUUUACUUUGGAGCUGUGGGAUCCUUUAUCUUCAUCCUCAUUCAGCUUAUUCUUCUCAUUGACUUUGCCCACUCAUGGAACAAAGUGUGGGUAGAAAAUGCAGAAAACAGUGACAACAAAUGCUGGUUUGCAGGCCUGCUGACUUUUACGAUCCUCUAUUAUGCCCUGGCCAUCACUGCUGUGGUGCUCUUCUAUGUUUACUACACUCAGCCUGACGACUGCACUGAGCACAAAGUCUUCAUCAGCCUCAAUCUUAUCUUCUGCAUCUUUAUCUCCAUUCUUUCCAUCUUACCCAAAAUACAGGAAGCACAGCCACACUCAGGUUUGCUUCAGGCAUCACUUAUCUCCCUCUACACUAUGUAUGUUACCUGGUCUGCAAUGACUAACAAUCCAGAUCGGAAGUGUAACCCCAGCCUGUUGAGUUUGGUGUCAAACGUCAGUGUCACUGAACCAUCUGGGGACAGUAACCCAGGACAGGUGCAGUGGUGGGACGCUCAGGGCAUCGUUGGAUUGAUCAUCUUCCUUUUCUGUACACUCUAUGCCAGUAUCCGUUCGUCCAGUAACACCCAAGUAAAUAAGCUGAUGCAGACAGAGGAAGGCAAAGGGUCAGGUGGUGAGGGUGUCGUUGGAGAGGAUGGCAUACUAAGGGCUGUGGACAACGAAGAAGACGGAGUCACAUACAGCUACUCCUUUUUCCACUUUCACCUCUGUCUGGCCUCUCUGUACAUUAUGAUGACUCUCACCAACUGGUACCAACCGGACACCUCCACCCAGGCCAUGCGGAGCAGUAUGCCAGCUGUUUGGGUGAAGAUGAGCUCCAGCUGGCUGGGCCUGGGGCUCUACCUCUGGACCCUCAUCGCCCCUCUUAUCUUUCCUGACAGGGAUUUCAGCUGAGCAGGUCCCGUGUUUUGGCUGCAUUUGUUUUAUUUUUGUCCUGUUUUUUUGCUGCCAGGUACAUUUGACAAAUAUGAAGGAUGUUAUAAAGGGAAUAGUGUGAGUAUUAUAGUGGGAAUACAUUUCUUUUCUGUUUAUUCCUCUUUCAGUAAUUGCCUCUGCUGUUGUGUUUCUUGUUUUACUCUUUUAGUAUGUUUGUGAGUGACAAUGAGUCUGAACAUUUUUAACAUGUAAGUGUACUUUUUAUUCACCUGGUUGAACAUAGUUAUAAAUACAAAACAUGUUUUUGCCAAUGUGGGCUACUCCCCAACCAGUACAUGAGCUCCAUGAUAUUUUUGCUGGAUUUUAGUUAGUAGAGUAUCACCAAAACUCAGCAACAAGGCACUUUCUCAAUACCUCAGAUGUUACAGACUCCAAUAACAUCAGACGUCUCUGAUUGGCUCUGUCUGGGAUUCCCUGAUUCGCUGGAACAUUUUAGUGCUGAGGGCAACGAGGGCAGUCUGUUUAGGAGCCCCAGAGAGAGGUGAGUGUGAGAGUUAGAUAAGACUCGCAUGACACGCCCUACACAUCAUAGCAGGGCUUCCUCUUUGCUGCUAGGCUGUAUGCAAAUCCAUGCCAUUGCACCUUUAGCCAGAAAGUACUUUUAGACCACCAGUCUAAUCUCAGCUCCUGCUUGGCUACUCCAACCUAAGGUAAUUUAUCUGCGGUGCUAUACCUUUCCAUGUCUGACUGUGUUUGGUCUUGUACAAGCCACGGGCAACAAUCUGUACCUGUAGGGCCGUCUGUUUGCAGCAGGAGACAUGUAUUGAUCCUUAGCACUCAGCAUCAUGCAUUUUGCAGUUCUAUGGUUCAGGAGGUGACAGCGUCAACGACAGUUUGCCUGUGCUCUCACAAAUCCAGUUUAUUUGGUGUUGUGACAAGAAAAAAGGGAAUUUUAAAUGUUGCAACUUGCAAAACAAUAAUGUUGCAUUUCAGAAAUGAUAAAUUGCUGUUAAACCGUAUUGACUUUAAUAGAUAUAUUGAUGGUUGUAAUGGUGGUACAGUAAUAAUAUGCAUUGUACUGUAGUUACCUCAGUUGCAAUAUGAAUUGAAAGGAAAAUCAGUAUAUUUUGUAUGUGAACAUUGUUUUUAGUUCAAUCCUUAUGUUGAUGUUAUGCGCUUCUCAUACAUUUCAAUACCCAAACACAUCACUUUGAUAUCUCGUUUUCCCUGAAUAUAAGUAUUGUGAAUGGAGUUCUUAAAAGUGCUGUGACAAAUUGACAACUUUUUACAGUUUUUUUUUUUAUUUUUUGUUUAACAUGAAUGUGUUGUGCAUUUGACAUUAUCAUCCUAGGUAGAUAAUCAAGGCAAAACUGCCAGUGUUAGAUCAUAAUGGUAUAUUUCAGAACACUCUUAAGUGCCUUUUUGUAGUCCUGCAUUUCAGAAUGAAUUGUAACUAACUGCUGAUGUUUGCUUAUUGUAACUUGCCUUACAUUUGGUGGUGAGUCAUUCAUUGCAUGCCAUCAAGUACUGGCCUAUGACAUGAACUAACGUUGUAUUUAAUAUAAAAGCACUGUUUUUAAUAAAGACAAAUCUUUCACUCA